UUUAUCUACCCCUUCUAGUCUAGAAGGGGUAGAAAUUCUAGAUUCUUUAGUUCUCUCUAUAUAUGUAUACAAAUUAUCUUCAUCUCCUUCUUAACAUUCAUUCACAACUUUAACAAGAAUAACAAUGACUACUACUACUACUACAAUUAUUUCAUCUGGAAACUACAAUUCUUUCUUACAACCCAAUCUUUUUACUAAAACAUCCUUACUCCAUCCAUGCUCACACCUUUCCUUCACGACCCAUCUCCCAAAGUCAAGAUUUCCGAUCAAAACCACCACCAAUCCGUCCAUCAAGGCCUCUGCCACCGCGGUUUCGGAUAGCAUUUACGUGGAAAACAGCCAGAGUUUUUAUGGCUUGUUAGGAAUUUCGGAAGCAGGAACAAACUCGGAUAUCAAGAAAGCGUACAAGCAACUGGCGAGGAAGUAUCAUCCCGACGUGUCGCCGCCGGGAAGAAAAGAAGAGUAUACAAAGAGGUUUAUCGAGGUUCAGGAGGCUUAUGAGACAUUGUCUGAUCCUGAGAGAAGAGCUUUGUAUGAUAGAGAUGGACUUGGCUUUAACACUACCUUCUCCGCCGGAAAAAGAAAUCGGUCGAGCUUGUAUCGUGAAGAUGGAUUUGAGUGGGAACGGAGAUGGCAAUCUCAGCUUGGUGAGCUAAUACGGAAGAGUAACAGUAGCAGUAGAAAUAAUGAUAUGAGCUGGGGAGCUAAAAUGAGAAGCCAAAAAAGUUCAGUAAUCCAUUAGAUAGGAGUUAAGUUGGUAGUUAAUUAGGGUUCAAAUAGAUUUGAUCCUAACAGACUUUCUGUGGUUCAUUACAGAAAAAAUUAUGUAUAGGCAAUAGAUUAAUGUAAAUAUAGAUUGUGUAUAUUUACUUCUUUGGUAAAAAAAAAGUAUAUUUGCUUUGUUUUUCUUGUUCCAAA